AUGAAGUGGGCAAUUCUUUUGGCGACAUUUAUGCUUGUUUUACAUCAAACUAAAGGUCAGACGACGGCCUCAGUGACUUGUAACCCCGACCACACUGUGAGUAUAACGAUCUCAGACGUAGAUGAUGCAAAAUUUUGGAACUCAGCAGAGUGGUCCACAGACCCAGGCAAUGCAGCAUGUGAACCAACAAUUGAUGGUGUUACUGACACAGUUACCUAUACCAACCUACCCCUCCCUGACUGUACUUUUCAGUCAAACCAGAAAGAUGAGGAAGUUCAAUACAUCCUCAAAAUCAGCGCUCAAAAGAGUUCAGGUGAUCUUUUGUGGUCUCUUGUGUCAUUUUUAGAGGACGGAAGUUUCACAUUUUCUCUCAUGGCGUAUGAAGACAGCGGAUUUUCUACGCUGGUUAACAACCCUGUUGAUCUGGAUGUAAAUAUUUUCUUCAUGGGUAAAGUCGAGACUCAAAGCGGUGCCCCAAACCUUGACUUGUACCCAGUGCGAUGCUAUUCAUCAGAAAGCAAUGAUCCAUAUGAUACUGGUGCUAACUUUACUCUUAUUAUCAACGGUUGUGGCAGCGAUGAUGUCAGCCAAGACCUCGACGACACAUUGUCAUACACUUGUGCAGACAACAGCGUAAAUGAAGCAUUCUCACUCAGAACUUAUCGGUAUUUUGGGGCAGAUGAAGGAGCUGAAGUUUACAUCCACUGUGAUUUCAGAGUUUGCUUGGCAGAUGUACCCGAUACCAAAUGUGAAUGUCCUGAUGAUCCCAACACUUGCGUAGGUGAUCCUGUUACUGAUAUUGCACCGGUGAGGCGUAGACGUCGUUCAAUCUCCGAUUCCGUGGAUGAGUCACAGCUUUAUCAUGUUGUCUACGGUCCGUUCACCUUUAAGCAAGAAGAACUGAACAAAGAUGAAGUUGCACCUAAAGACCAAAAGGAGACCCGCCAGCCUUCCCAGACAUUACCGAUUGUUGGGGCAGUAUGUGGUGUUGUGGCUGUAGCUGUCAUCUGCGCCACUGUUUACCUUGUCAUUCACUAUCGCAGCAAGCGCACGCAAAGUGGAGAUCUGCACGUGGUCACCUAAACUCCAAACACAAAUAAGUUGUGUUGUGGAAACGCGCAAAUAUUACGUUUUUUUAAUCCAAUAUCCAUUUGAAUGGUGUGACAUAUGAAGCAACUCGAUAGGAUUAAGUUGAGUUGUGGAUGUUGAUUAAGACAUAAAUCUUUUUCUUUUUUUCAAACGAAUAAAUGAUUAAUCGGCUUUUUUCUUCAGAUGAUGGUAGGAAUCAGAAGUAGUUUUCAAAGCUAAUGGAAUUAAUGUCUUGAAUUCAGUGUCAAGGUUGAUUUCAUUAGCUAUAACAGUGAAGUCAUUGUACUCCUAUAUCUGCUUGUCACUCUUAUGUGCGCGAUCCAGAUUAACAACCAGUUUUAAUCUCUCAUUGUUUCAACACCUUAUAAACUUGCACACAAGCCUUAUAGACAAAGUUAAGUUCACACACAAUUUCAGGUAUUGUGAGGAACUUUAUUAGGUAUGACAAACUUUACACUCUAUAUGCAGAACAGCAGCGGCAGCGUUGUGAUUUUGCUAACACCUAUAUGAAAUCUAACCGAAUGCUAGCCAUAGUAAGUAUACCCAAGUCGCAUGCGGGCCUAGUUGCUUUCCCGUUAAACUGGCAUAAGCCUUGUCAGUGAGGCAUUAGUACCAGUCUAAUUUUUACAAUCUUUUAGAAAUUUUGAGCAGCAUCUUAAUAAAAUAUAGGCACCGUCAUGAAUUUAUUAUAAAA